UUAUACGGGUUUGCUUUUAUUGAAUAAUACAAGGCGCUAAAUGAGCAUAUUUCAUGUUUACGUUGUAUGUAUAUAGAUUUUUACCUUUUAUACCAUGAGCUGACUGUGAAACAACAUGUGAUUUAUUAUUUAUGUGAUUUUCGUUCACAGGUGAUACAUUUGUUAUACGUUUAACAGUAAAAAACAACUGAAUUUACUUACAUGCGCGGUGUAUUUUUGCUAUAGUACAUCUGUUACCGCCAUUGCUAACUGCUUUAUAGGAAAAUACUACAAUAUUAUAUUGAACAGCGCCAAGUCUUAUCACUGAAAUGCAUACUAGAAGUAAGUGUAUAUCAAUAAAUCAAAAGAAAACACUGAAUGCCAGAUAAAAACAUCUUCUGUUACUACAAAGUGGGGCAGAUAUACGGAAAUAAGGAAUAGCAGAUUGGCUUCUGGAUUAAUCAAAACAACUUUCACACUAUUCGGUUCAUUUUGAAAGUAUGUUUAAAGGAUAACCUAAUCCAAAUUCUCUCCGAACUGAAGAAAUCUUAAGCAAUUCUUUCUAAUCAUUUGAUAUGAAUGUUGUGAUUUAAAGCCACGUGGUUGAUUCUCGUGUCUAAAUUAGGUGUAUCAGUUUUACGAGCACUUACUUAUUCAUAAUAGGAUUUUCACGAAACAAAGUCUGAUUGCUACUGAAAAGAAGAAUGCUGAUAGUGCACGAAUGAAAUACGAUGAUAUUGAAUCAAGAUACCGUUAGGUGAAACAAUAUAUCCUCAGAGGAAAAUUUCUUAAUUGGUGAAAAAUUACAAAAUAUGGCAGAUGCCAUAAAUGGAAACUCGUAUAUUAAUUAUAUCCAUGCUACAGUGCUAAAUGAUAUGGCUGCCAGAAGAAUGGAUAAUAAUGUCUGAGUAGCAUGCACACAUCAAACGUGUACAUGUCUAGGAUAUAAAAAGUGUGGGAUAUAUAACUAAGUAUUCAGAAAACCAGUGCAGUACAAUCAGGUAAAAAAGACAUUGAUGAUAUUUAUUUUUAUCUUGCUGAUGUGAAAAGAGAAAAUUAAAAAAGGGACUUGUAACCAUAUGAGCGUAAGUAUACGAUGAUGAUUUUUCUAUCGAGAAAUGGAUUUUACAGGAGAACAUUAUGGAAUUGAUUUUAAAGAUUGAAUAGUGUUGAUACUUUUAAAGUUUAAUCUACAAUGGCAGCUCUUGAUGGAAUGUCAGGAAUUGUAUUCUGUGCAAUUUUUGGCUCAGUGUUUGUUCUCACAUGCAUAAUUUCUGCAAUAAAGGCGGUAAGGGAUAGGUCACGUAUACAAAAACGAAGAGACAUGCGAAGAAAAGAAAAACUUGAAAAAGGAAAUGGAGAUAAAGAAAACGACUUAAGUAUAGAAGAAAAUCAACCAAUGACUUCAUCUCAUAAUCAACCCCAAAGUUUGAUGAAUGAUAGAUACUCGAAUGGUACUUCAAUGUUAAAUGAUGUUAAAGACCAUGCCGAAUGUUCAGUGUUUUCUGUUGAUACAGGUGUUGAUAACUUAACAUUUAAUCAUAGUACCACGCGUAUUAAUACUAUAGACGAGAACCCGCAUUUAACUUCAAAGAAAUCAAAAGUAACUGCUGAAUACGUGCCUUCCGGUCAAAAUGUAGUUCCUAAACGCGCUAAAUCUCAAGACGCAAACUUUCGAAGGAAACGGAAUCUUGAUCAUUUAUCGACAGAGUGUCUUGCUAUAAAGAAAAUGAUGCGCAGACAUUCAUAUGAAAUUGCAGUCUGUGAAAAUUCUUGGUUGCCAAAAGAACCUCCGUGUUUUGCACCAUCACAAAGUAUUCUUAAUACAUACAGAUAUGGUGUAAAUAAUGGUAACAGUGUGAAAACGUCACAAGUUGGAUUCGAAAAUAAGGCUUUUGAUAAAUUUGAUUAUAAAAAGACGUGAACGAAAAUCAAAAGUAUGUGUUUGUUUUAAAUGAGCUUUAAGAUAAGUAUUUUUGAUUAAAAAAGAAAACAUAGCAAAUAGUAUAUUCUUUUAUGAAUAUAUUUGCAUUAUUAAUUACUAGCAAGUUUACGAUUAUUCACACUCCAUUAUUGUACAAAUGCAUCUUUUUUCAGUUAAGCGAAGAUGGAAGAAAUUGAAUGAGUUUUAAAAUUGAAAUAUGUAUGUCCUAAACGACUUAUAGAAACGAGUUGUAUCAAAGUAUGGUGUAAUGAACAAUCAGACUCAUACAAUUGUGCAUAAUUUCAUUUCUUCAAACUGGGAAGACUAAAAAAAGAAAAAAUGAACCCACAGUAUACUUUCCAGGUACAAAGAAUGUGAUGAUCAAUUAAAUGUCAAGUUAACACAGCGCAAUAAACUCUAGGAAAUUUACCAUAUAUUAAGAUAGACAUGAGACUGAAAUAUAACAUUUUCCAAUUCUGUAAGAGCCUCGAUGGAGGUCAUAUCCCUAUGCAAAGUAUAUCCUGAUUAGCCAAGAUCUCAUGUUGUAUUUGUUUCAAAUUUACCCUUAAUCUGUAUAUGUUGUAUUAUGGAUUUGCCCUGCCUUGAUUUUGGAACAGUCCAUUCAAAGUGUAAGGGAUUUCAAUAUAUCAAAAUACAAAACAAAACAACAACAGCAAGAAAAAAAAACAAACAAAAAACUAUUAAUAGAAUAGAGUUUUGGUCAAACUGCACAGAUUUGCCGAUUGGCCUGGCUUUAUAGAAGUGGCAAAUGCUGCAACAGUAUCGUUCCCAAUCAGCGCCGUUUCCAAUUGCUUAUAUUAUGCAAAAAAGAGAAUAAAUGUGAAUUAACAUAAAUCACAUACAUUGUAAUAUUGUGUUUUCAUUAACUUAUUCAUUAUAUCACAAUUCAUUCAGACUGUAUCUCUUUGUUAGGAUAAUGUAUGCUGUGCAUUUUAUAUAUAAUACAUAAUGUUUUCUAUUAAUGUUUCGAAAAAUAUGUAUACACGAAUGAUUUAGAUUAUUGGGCAUUUUGAGUAAUUUUUACUUACUUUUUGCCAAAAUUAUCGAUACACAUUUAUUUUCAUUCAUAUAUACAUGCAUAUCUCAAACCCUUUUGCUAGUAAUUAAAAUGUUCAACUAUAAAUAAAGAUUUUUUUAUUGUUUUUCA